GUGGUUCGAUCGACCGAGGUGUCCUGCUUAGCACCUGCCACCGUUUGAGCAGUGAGCUACCGCGACAGCGCGGUGACGGGAGCACAGAUCGGUCCAGCAUCUUCGAGCCUUUCAGCAUGGCGGCGCCCAAUCGUGGAAGGCCUUCGCGACCGCACCAGAACGGUGCCGCACGGAAUCGCGACUACCCGCAACAGGACCCAGGCGUGGACGACCCUGCGGCACAAGCCGCCUGGAACCGUUACCCUAACGCCGCGGUGCAGCAUUAUGACUCGCCACAACAGCAACACCAAGGGCCAAACGUCCCUUAUGAGGCCGUUAACCCGCAAGCAGAAAACUCGCGGCAACAACCUUUCUAUGAUCCGCAGCAGCAGCCACCUUUCUAUGAUCCGCAGCAGCAGCCACCUUUCUAUGAUCCGCAGCAGCAGCCACCUUUCUAUGAUCCGCAGCAGCAGCCACCUUUCUAUGAUCAGCAGCAGCAGCCACCUUUCUAUGAUCAGCAGCAGCAGCCACCUUUCUAUAUGCAACCAGGCCAGUAUCCCUACAAUGGACAGCCGAAUGCUAACGGGGCAUCUUAUGCAUAUUCUCAGAACUCCGCUAAUGGCACCAGUAGUUACGCCGCUCCCUGGAAUCCUUCCAUUCCUCAGCAGCAAUCGCCUUCCAACCAAAUGUCCGGUUCCCAGAUCUCUGGCGCGAACGAACAGUCGCUUCAAGGACGAUUUUCUGAGCUAGGGCUCGGCGACCCACAAGGAUCUCCACAACAGACUCGAGGAAGACGGCCUGACCGUCGGGGGCGCAGCCAGCAAUCGCGUCCUCCAGGACGCGGACAUAACCAAGCGCCGAUCACGCCCCCACGCGGACAUAUUGUACAGCAUCAGCCUACGUCAGCUGGCCAGCGACGGCUGGUUGGCCCGAACUUGCACCAAAGGAACGCUCCACCCAGAAGUUCCUCCAUGCCGUCUUCCUCGACUCGAGGGUCUCCUUCUCACUCAUCACCGGGGCACGCCGCUAGCAGCUCAUCCGCAAAUUCAAGCGGGCCGUCUACUGGGCGAGGCUGGCGUUCUGGAUCGCAGCGUCGGAACAGCCAAAGCAACGCCGCCACAAGGUCUCCUGGAGGCGCCAAUCACGUACGUUCACCGGGCCAAUCUCUGAUGCCGAGUCGGGAUGCCAGUCUACCCUCCGGCAGUGGCACUCCCCUCUCCAAGGAGACCGAAGUCACGACACUCGAAGUUUAUGCGAAUCAUUUCAAACUGAACCUUCCGAAACUCGACGUGCACCACUACGACGUUCAAAUAUGGAGCAGUGCAGAGGGCGAGGAACCGCCAGAAGAUCCUCGGCGCAUUCCCGCGUGCGACAAGCAUCGCAUAUUCAUCAGGUUCGCCCACCUGUUCUUAAACAUCCGGGCACCCGUAUUCGACGGCCAGAAGUCGUUCUACUCAACUAGGCCUGUAGAGGACAAAAAGGAGGGCGUCAGGGUGAAGAGCGAUUUCUGUUCGACAACCGACUUCUACGUCAAAAUCAAGAGAGUUGCCCGCCUUAACAACGAGCGAUGUGGCCCUGGUCGCGGCACGGUGCUGGUGCAAGCGUUGGACAUUGCGUUACGCUGCGCUCUCUCGCGUAACCGCGAGUGCCUUGGCAGGCUCCUCCUGAGCCCCGUAGACGAAGGCAGAACAUCCAGAGAUCUCGCUAGGGAAGGUCAAGCUCUCUACCGCGGCGUACUUACCAGCGUUCGCUCGGGCGAGGCGGGGACGUUCGUAAACGCCGACACGCUACAUACUGUUUUCUAUAAACCCGACUCCCUUCUAAAUCUCGUCCAGUGUCUGUUGGGCCGUCCUGUUCAACGUCAAGCAAAACUUCAAGAGCGGGACAUCCAAUUCCUCAACGCAGAACUAAAGGACUUGAAAGUGUACGUCAAGCAUUUGCCUUACCGUCGCACUGGCAAAGUCGAGGAAAUCGUGAUGGAAAGCGCGGACGAAAAAAUGAUCCCAUCGUUGAAUCAGACCAUUGCGGCAUACUUCAACGACAAAUACCGUAUUCGUCUGUUGUACCCUAAGCUACCCUGCGUAAAAAUGCAAAAAAAGGACUGUUACUAUCCUCUUGAGAUGUGCUUCGUACCUUUCGGACAGCAAGGUGUACAGAAACUUGCACCCGUGAUUCCCAAAACGAGGUUUGAGCGCGCCGAAGCAGUUGUAACCGAAAUUGAAGGGAAGCUCCUAGAACUGGAUGGAUUUGUCACCGACAUAUCUACAUCCCCUGUGCAGAUCACAGCGAAACUUUUACCUACCGUCUCGUCAUGGAAUCCUCCGCAGUACUCGAAAAAAAUCCGCUGGAUCAUGCUGAACACGUGCAAUAGUGACGGUGCACGUAUCAGAAAGCUCGAACAGCUCGAAAACGGUCUCAUCGGGCAGGGAAAAGCAAUGGGCAUUGAGCUGUCUAAAACAAACACCCUUCAACGCACGGGUAGGCAACGUGUCGAGGACAUGCUUCAAGAAGUAAAAGACCGGGACGUCGAUUUUGUUGUUAUCGUUCUGGAAAACGCAAGCUCUGAGCUCUACUACCCCAUCAAGUACUACGCCGAAACUAAACUCGGCCUGAUCACACAGUGUGUCGCUAUUUAUAAGCAGAAUAAAGAGCAAAAUUUUGGCAGUGGCUUUUGUAAAAACGUAAUGCGCAAGAUAAAAGCGAAGCUUGGCUUCGUCGACAAAGCCAUGCCAUCGAAGAUCAACCACUUCGACUUCGAGAACGUCAUGGUCAUGGGCGCCGAUGUCGGUCACCAUGGCCCGAAUGACGCGAAGCCAUCCGUGGCCGCCAUCGUCGGCAGCAUUGACACGUGCGCCUCCCGCUAUGUCGCUACGAUUAGUCUUCAGAAUGAGCCACGCGUGGAAGUCAUUGAUGACAUGGGGAGCAUGGUCAGACGACUUCUGGAUGUCUACUGGCAGAACAAUAAGGCUGCACCGAAAGCCAUACUUUUCUAUCGGGACGGCGUGAGCGAGGGACAGUACAGCCAAGUUUACGAUAGGGAGCUUCCCUGCUUGCAUGCUGAGUGUAAAAAAGCCUUCCCCGAAUACCCCAUACCGAAGAUUACAUUUGUGACCGUUCAGAAACGGCACAGAACCCGCUUCAUGCGCAAAACUCCAGAAGGAUCUAACGUGCCUCCAGGUACGGUCGUGGACACCGUCAUCACGCACCCUUCCCAACAAGAGUUCUUUAUGUGCUCUCACACUCCCAUGAGAGGCACAGCUCGGCCCGCCCACUACCACGUGAUUCGAGACGACAAUGAAUUCGACCCCGAGACUCUGCAAAAGAUCACCUUCAGCCUGUGCCACAUGUACGCACGUUGUGAGACACCCGUGUCGAUCCCGACGCCCGUCUACUACGCCCACCUCACAGCAGCUCGCGCGAGCUGCUACUUGAAAGCUCACGAAAGGCUCACUGGAAUGAACACAUUCAAUGCCGACGUCGUCAAGCUCACGCACAACCUGAAGGACCGAAUGUUCUUCAUCUAAGGCAAGGCCCAAUUGUUGUGCCGAACGAGUGCGCCCCUUCUGACACUGCCGGUCAUGUCUACAGUGUUCACGCGAUUUACCGUGACAUCAGACCGGCAAAGACUAUUAAUAGGUGUCGCGUGUUUACCACAGCUGACUUCAGGUGCACGACGUUUGUGCCUCGUUGACGUCACGUGACCACCGACAUUGCUUGUAUGUCUGAUGAGCCGCGCCGCACUUCCACUAUCAACGUUUUUACAUUGAUCGUCAAGUUUGUCCCCCACUCGCAUGUUUCGCUACUUGAGGCGUACAUUCAUUUUAUCCGUGUGCAUCUUAACCGUCAUUUUACACUAUAAUAUUCAACACGUGUUUGUUUGUCUCCUAGGCACCCAUGACUAUAUACUGCCAGAGCACUAGUCUAAGUGCGCCGCAUGUGUUUGGUCUUCGAGUUUAUACUGUGACAAGUGCCGGGAAUUAAAGACUGGUCUCUGACUUGUGGGUCUUGCCUACUUCAUUCCCACGGGCCUCCAGCGCUCUAUCAGAGCCAGGUCAAUCCUACCCUACAAGUGUUUUGCUUUGUUCACAAGUCUAAUCUCUCGCUACCUGUGCAGAAACAGCGUCAUCUGUCAAUCUUGAUUAAACUGUGGCGAAGCGCGAUACAUUGAUAUAAGGACGUAUACACCUAGCAAUGAGCCGUUAGAAAGACCUCGCUUGCCUUUUAUACAGACGUCUACAGUUUCCAGCUGUGCGCCGGAAAGUGAGGAAACCUGUGCUCUUCCCUUGCUGCUCGGUUUUAAGCAAACGUGUUUAUCACCAGCACGUGCAUAGCAUUCACCGCCCAGAAUAUUUAAUUCUACGGAUGUUGCAGUACUCUGCUACGAAGCGACGCGCUAUGGACAAGUGUGGACGUCUGUAUGACCUAGCUUUUGUCGAGGACACGAUGUUGGGCUCCCUGUUAAUUCCUUCGUUACAGUCUACCUGCGUUCAAUAAUGCACCAACGUGGCACAGGUACUGGCGGUGCUUGCAGUUGUAUGCAAUGUAAUCGAGUCGGUUUUUAACGCAGAUG